CAUUCGAGCACCAAUACUAUAAUACUAAUACCACCUGCAGAGCUUGCAAGCCAAGACAAACAAACAAGGAAAGUGAGGAUGUCGUUGGUGCCGAUCAAUUCCAACUCCAGUUCAUCGUUGUGGGAUCCCAUGGACAGGCUGCUCAGUGAUAUGCCCUUUCCCUUCUCUUGGGCCGUGUCCGGCCAUGAUUUUGAUUUGGGGUUUGGGUGGCGCGUGAAUUCCCGUCUCGACUGGAGGGAGAGCUCCGGAGGACACGUGUUGGAGGUGGUGCUUCCUAGGUUCGCCGACGAGGAUGUGCUGGUGGAGCUUCAGGACGACCGCAUGCUGCAGGUGAGCUUGGAGAGCGGCAAUUUCAUGAGCAGGUUCAAGAUCCCAGAGGAUGCGGAUCUCCAACAGUUGAAGGCCUCCAUGAACCACGGGGUUCUGCGCGUCACCGUUCCCAAACUACAAUCCGCUCGCCCUAACGUCAGGGUUCUCGAAAUUGAAGGCGGUGACUGACUCCAUCAUAUGUUAUGACCUGCGUGUGCUGUCAUGUUUCUUAUUUUAGUAUAUGUAUCCAGUAUCCCCCCUGUUCCCAUCUUCCGUUGAAUACUUAAUUACUCUUUGUUCCAUAGAUGUUAAUAUACUCCCUGCUAAUGCCUGACGGUGAACUUAGGCUUAGAGUUAGACUCUAUAUAUGCCGUUCUUAUCUUGUUCUAUGUGCCUGCCAAA